GCUGAGCAGGACAACGGCCACCCACUCCCAGCAUACGCUGAGCUGAUCAUUGAUAUCCUGGAUGAGAACAACCAGGCUCCAUACUUCCAGUUCCAGUCCUACCAGGGCUACAUCAGCGAGUCCUCCCCAGUGGGCACCACCAUCUCUGCCAGCUCCAACCUCACUGCCCCCCUGGGCAUCAUCGUCCUGGACAAUGACAUUGAGGAGGUAUGGGGAUGUGCGCUUGCACACACACAGACACAGAAGUGAACACACACACACACACACAUACAUGCAGUCUUGUACAACUAACCUUGUGGGGACACACAAUUCAGUCCCAUUCAAAGUCCUAUUUUCCCUAACCCCUAACCCUAACCCUAAACCUAACCCUAACCCGUAACCUAACCUUAACCUGAAAACCUAACCUUAACCCUAAAACUAACCCUAGCUGCUAACUCUAAAACGAACCCUUGCUCCUAACCCUAAAUCUAAUUCUAACCCUAGCACUAAUUCUAACCUUAACCCCGCUAGAAAUAGCAUUUGAACUUGUUGAGACUAACAAAAUAUCCCUAGGUGGUCAAAUGUUUGUUUGUUUACUGUUGUUGUGGGGACUUCUGGUCCCCACAUGUAUAGUUAAACAUGUCCAAACACACACACAAAAAAACACACACGCACACUCUCACGAGCACAAACAUGUAGCUUAUGAUCCUACAAAUACACUAUGAAUUCACACACAAGUACAUAUACACACAGCGCACACACGUACAGAGUGGUGUAUGCCCACCUUUUUUUCAGCUGGCAUUGCGUAUACUCACUUCUUAAUCCCUACAGAUGAGUAUCAAAGUAGUGUAGUGGAGGUAAAGUGCCUUCACUGUACCUAUACCACGACUUAUUCCACAUUUUGUUGUGUUACAGCCUGAAUUCAAAAUGGAUUAAAUAUAUGUUUUCUCACCAAUCCACACACAAUACCUCAUAAUGACAAAGUGAAAACAUGUUUUGGAAAAUAUUUGCCAAAUAAUGUACAAUUAAAUACAGAAAUGUCUCAUUUACAUAAGUAUUCACACCCCUGAGUCAAUACAUUGUAAAAUCACAUUUGGCAGUGAUUACAGCUAUGAGUCUUUCUGGGUAAGUCUCUGAGAGCUUUCCACACCUGGAUUGUGCAACAUUUGCCCAUUGUCAAAAUUCUCUGUCAAAUUGAUAGUUGAUCAUUGCUAGACAACCAUUUUUCAGGUCUUGGUAUAGAUUUCAAGUAGAUUUUAGUCAUAACUGUAUCUCGGCCACUCAGGAACAUUCUUGGUAAGCAACUCCAGUGUAGAUUUGGCCUUGUGUUUUAGGUUAUUGUCCUGCUGAAUGGUGAAUUAAUCUCCCAGUGUCUGCUGGAAAGCAGACUGAACCAUGUUUUCCUCUAGGGUUUUGCCUAUACUUAGCUCCAUUCCGUUUCUUUUUUAUUCUGAAAAACUCCCCAGAUUACAAGUAUAUCCAUAACAUGAUUGUCACGAUCGUUUACGGACGAGAAGGAUCAAGGCGCAGCGUGAUAUGCAUUCAUGUUUAUUAACGACUAAACACACGACAAAACAACAAACGAAACGUGAAGUCCAAGGUAGCAUACAAACAACAUACCUUACACGGAACAAGAUCCCACAACUAACUGGUGCCAACAGGCUGCCUAAGUAUGGUCCCCAAUCAGAGACAACGAGCAACAGCUGCCUCUGAUUGGGAACCACACAGGCCAACAUAGAACUACCCAUUCUAGAUUUUAAAACACAGAACAUCGACAUAGCAAACACAAACCCAGAAAAUACACACCCUGACUCAACAAAUACAAGUCCUCAGAGUCAGGGCGUGACAAUGAUGAAGGUACCACUAUGGUUGAAAAUAUGGAAAGUGGUAUUCAGUAAUGUGUUGGAUUGGAUUUUCCCCUAACAUAACACUUCGUAUUCAGGACAAAAAGUUAAUUGCUUUGCCAAAUGUUUUGCAGUAUUACUUUAGUGCCUUGUUGCAAACAGGAUGCAUGUUUUGGAAAUCUGUACGGGCUUCCUUCUUUUCACUCUGUCAAUUAGGUUAUUAUUGUAACUACAAUAUUGUUGAUCCAUCCUCAGAUUUCUCCUAUCACAGCCAUUAAACUCUUUAACUGUUUUAAAGUCACCAUUGGCCUCAUGGUGAAAUCCCUCAGCGGUUUCGUUCCUCUCCGGCAACGGAGUUAGGAAGGACACUUGUAUCUUUGUAGUGACUGGGUGUAUUGGUACACAAUCCAAAGUGUAAUUAAUAACUUCCCCACGCUCAAAGGGAUAUUCAAUGUCUGUUUUUUUGUAUUUAUAUCCAAAGAAGGUGCCCUUCUUUGCAAGGCAUUGGAAAACCUCCAAUGUCUUUGUGGUUGAAUCUGUUUUUGAAAUUCACUGCUCCACUGAGAGACCUUACAGAUUACUCCACACACAGACACGCAUACAAAGCUCUCCCUCGCCCUCCAUUUGGCAAAUCUGACCAUAAUUCUAUCCUCCUGAUUCCUGCUUACAAGCAAAAACUAAAGCAGGAAGAACCAGUGACUCUGUCAAUAAAAAAGUGGUCAGAUGAAGCAGAUGCUAAGCUACAGGACUGUUUUGCUAGCACAGACUGUAAUAUGUUCCGGGAUUCUUCCGAUGGCAUUGAGCAGUAAACUACAUCAGUCACUGGCUUCAUCAAUAAGUGCAUCAAUGAUGUUGUCCCCAAAGUGAAUGUACAUACAUACCCCAACCAGAAGCCAUGGAUUACAGGCAACAUCCACACUGAGCUAAAGGGUAGAGCUGCCGCUUUCAAGGAGCUGGACUCUAACCCGGAAGCAUAGCAGAAAUCCUGCUAUGCCUUCUGCCGAACCAUCAAACAGGCAAAGCGUCAAUACAGGACUAAGAUCGAAUCAUACUACACCGGCUCCGACACUUGUCGGAUGUGGCAGGGCUUGCAGACUAUUACAGACUACAAAGGAAAGCACAGCUGCGAGCUGGCCAGUGACACGAGCCUACCAGACGAGCUAAAUUACUUCUAAGCUCGCAUCGAGGCAAGUAACACUGAAACAUGCUUGAGAGCAUCAGCUGUUCCGGACGACUGUGUGAUCACGCUCUCCAUAGCCGAUGUGAGUAAGACCUUUACACAGGUCAACAUUCACAAGGCCGCAGGGCCAGACGGAUUACCAGGACGUGUACUCUGAGCAUGCGCUGACCAACUGGCAAGUGUCUGCACUGACAUUUUCAACCUCUACCUGUCUGAGUCUAUAAUACCAACAUGUUUCAAGCAGAACACCAUAGUCCCUGUGCCCAAGAACACUAAGGUAACCUGCCUAAAUGACUACCGACCUGUAGCACUCACGUCUGUAGCCAUGAAGUGCUUUUCAUGGCUCACAUCAACACCAUUAUCCCAGAAACCCUAGACCCACUCCAAUUUACAUACCACCCCAACUAUCCACCGAUGAUGCAACCUCUAUUGCGCUCCACAUUGCCCUUUCAAACCUGGACAAAAGGAACACUGAUGUGAGAAUGCUAUUAAUUGACUACAGCUCAGCGUUCAACACCAUAUUGCCCUCAAAGCUCAUCACUAAGCUAAAGACCCUGGGACUAAACACCUUCGUCUGCAACUGGAUCCUGGACUUCUUGACAGGCCGCCCCCAGGUGGUAAGGGUAGGUAACAACACAUCCGCCACGCUGAUCCUCAAUGCGGGCGCCCUUUAGGGGUGCGUGCUCAGUCCCCUCCUGUACUCCCUAUUCACUCAUGACUGCUUGGCCAGGCACGACUCCAACACCAUCAUUAAAUUUGCCGAUGACACAACAGUGGUAGGCCUGAUCACUGACAACGACGAGACAACCUAUAGGGAGGAGGUCAGAGACCUGGCCGUGUGGUGCCAGGACAACAACCUCUCCCUCAACGUGAUCAAGGCAACGGAGAUGAUUGUGGACUACAGGAAAAAUAAGAGGACUGAGUACGCCCCCAUUCUCAUCGACGGGGCUGUAGUGGAGCAGGUUGAGAGCUUCAAGUUCCUUGGUGUCCACAUCACCAACAAACUAACAUGGUCCAAGCACACCAAGACAGUCGUGAAGAGGGCACGACAAAACGUAUUCCCCCUAAGGAGACUCGGUACCGGUACCCACCGGUAGCCUCGCUAUUGUUAUUUUUACUGCUGCUCUGUAGUUAUUUGUUACUUUUAUUUCGUAUUAUCUAAUAUUAUAUUUUGGGGUGUGAUUUUUUUUGGUAUUCUUUCUUAAAACUGCAUCGUUGGUUAAGGGCUUGUAAGUAAGCAUUUCACUGUAAGGUCUACACCUGUUGUUUUCGGGGCAUGUGACAAAUAACAUUUUAUUUCAUUUAAUUUGAUGUGUGGGGUACAUCCUGCAGCACACCACCCUGCAUCCCACUGUUGGCUUGCCUUUGAAGCUAAGCAGUGUUGGUCAUGGUUGGUCCCUGGAUGGGAGAACAUAUGCUGCUGGAAGUGGUGUUGGAGGUCCAGUAGGAGGCACUCUUUCCUCUGACAAAAAAAACAAAAAAACAUCCCAAUGCCCCAGGGUAGUCAUUGGGGACAUUGCCCUGUGUAAAGGUGCAGUUUCUUCGAUUGGACGUUAAACGUGUGCCCUGAAUCUCUGUGGUCAUUAAUGAUCCUAUGGCACUUAUCAUAAGAGUAGGGGUGUUGGCUAAAUUCCCAAUCUGGCCCUCAUACCAUCAUGGCAGCUAAUCAUCCCCAGCUUCCAAUUGGCUCAUUCAUCCCCCCUCCUCUCCCCUGUAACUUUUCCCCAGGUCGUUGCUGUAAAUGAGAAUGUUUUCUUAGUCAACAUACAGUGCCUUGCAAAAGUAUUAAUCCCCCUUGGCAUUUUUCCUAUUUUGUUGCAUUACAACCUGUAAUUUAAAUAGAUUUUAAUUUGGAUUUCAUGUAAUGGACAUACACAAAAAGUGAAAUGAAAAAAAUAACGGAAAAGUGGUGCGUGCAUAUGUAUUCACCCCCUUUGCUAUGAAGCCCCUAAAUAAGAUCUGGUGCAACCAAUUACCUUCAGAAAUCACAUAAUUAGUUAAAUAAAGUCCACAUGUGUGCAAUCUAAGUGUCACAUGAUCUCAGUAUACAGUGGGGAGAACAAGUAUUUGAUACACUGCCGAUUUUGCAGGUUUUCCUACUUACAAAGCAUGUAGAGGUCUGUAAUAGGUGCACUUCAACUGUGAGAGACGGAAUCUAAAACAAAAAUGCAGAAAAUCACAUUGUAUGAUUUUUAAGUAAUUAAUUUGCAUUUUAUUGCAUGACAUAAGUAUUUGAUCACCUACCAACCAGUAAGAAUUCCGGCUCUCACAGACCUGUUAGUUUUUCUUUAAGAAGCCCUCCUGUUCUCCACUCAUUACCUGUAUUAACUGCACCUGUUUGAACUCGUUACCUGUAUAAAAGACACCUGUCCACACACUCAAUCAAACAGACUCCAACCUCUCCACAAUGGCCAAGACCAUAGAGCUGUGUAAGGACAUCAGCGAUAAAAUUGUAGACCUGCACAAGGCUGGGAUGGGCUACAGGACAAUAGGCAAGCAGCUUGGUGAGAAGGCAACAACUGUUGGCGCAAUUAUUAGAAAAUUGAAGAAGUUCAAGAUGACGGUCAAUCACCCUCGGUCUGGGGCUCCAUGCAAGAUCUCACCUCGUGGGGCAUCAAUGAUCAUAAGGAAGGUGAGGGAUCAGCCUAGAACUACACGGCAGGACCUGAUCAAUGACCUGAAGAGAGCUGGGACCACAGUCUCAAAGAAAACCAUUAGUAACACACUACGCAGUCAUGGAUUAAAAUCCUGCAGCGCACGCAAGGUCCCCCUGCUCAAGCCAGCGCAUGUCCAGGCCCGUCUGAAGUUUGCCAAUGACCAUCUGGAUGAUCCAGAGGAGGAAUGGGAGAAGGUAAUGUGGUCUGAUGAGACAAUAAUAGAGCUUUUUGGUCUAAACUCCACUCGCCGUGUUUGGAGGAAGAAGAAGGAUGAGUACAACCUCAAGAACACCAUCCCAACCGUGAAGUGACGUGAAGCAUGGAGGUGGAAACAUAAUUCUUUGGGGAUGCUUUUCUGCAAAGGGGACAGGACGACUGCACCGUAUUGAGGGGAGGAGGGGUGGGGCCAUGUAUCGCAAGAUCUUGGCCAACAACCUCCUUCCCUCAGUAAGAGCAUUGAAGAUGGGUCGUGGCUGGGUCUUCCAGCAUGACAACGACCCGCAAACACACAGCCAGGGCAACUAAGGAGUGGCUCCGUAAGAAGCAUUUCAAGGUCCUGGAGUGAUCUAGCCAGUCUCCAGACCUGAACCCAAUAGAAAAUCUUUGGAGGGAGCUGAAAGUCCGUAUUGCCCAGCGACAGCCCCGAAAGCGACAGCCCCAGCGAUUGCCCUGAGACAGCCCCCUGUUCUGAAAGGCCCCAGAGUCUGAAACACCACUUAGCAAGCAGCCCCAUGAAGACCAAGGAGCGCUCCAAACAGAUCAGGGACAAAUUUGUGGAUCAGGGUUGGGUUCUAAAAAUAUAUCUGAAACUUGGAGAUUGGAGUAUCUGUCCAUAGGACCACUGUAAGCCAUACACUCCACAGAGCUGGGCUUUAUGGAUGAGUGGCCAGAAAAAUAGCCAUUGCUUACAGAAAAAAAUAAGCAAACACGUUUGGUGUUCGCCAAAAGGCAUGUGGGAGACUCCCCAAACAUAUGGAAGAAGGUACUCUGGUCAGAUGAGACUAAAAUUGAGCUUUAGGCCAUCAAGGGAAACGCUAUGUCUGGCGCAAACUCAACACCUCUCAUCACCCCCGAGAACACAAUCCCCACGGUGAAGCACGGUGGAGGCAGCAUCAUCAUGUGGGGAUGUUUUUCAUCUGCAGGGACUGGGAAACUGGUCAGAAUUGAAGGAAUGAUGGAUGGCGCUAAAUACAGGGAAAUUCUUGAGGGAAACCUGUUUCAGUCUUCAAGAGAUUUGAGACUGGGACAGAGGUUCACCUUCCAGCAGGACAAUGACACUAAGCAUACUGCUAAAACAACACUUGAGUGGCUUAAGGGGAAACAUUUAAAUGUCUUGGAAUGGCCUAGUCAAAGCCCACACCUCAAUCCAAUUGAGAAUAUGUGGUAUGACUUAAAGAUUGCUGUACACCAGUGGAACAAAUCCAACUUGAAGGAGCUGGAGCAAAAAUCCCAGUGGCUAGAUUUGCCAAGCUUAUAGAGACAUACCCCAAGAGACUUGCAGCUGUAAUUGCUGCAAAAGGUGGCUCUACAAAGUAUUUACUUUGGGGAGGUGAAUAGUUAUGCACGCUCAAGUUUUCUGUUUUUUUGUCUUAUUUCUUAUUUGUUUCACAAUAAAAAAUAUUUUGCAUCUUCAAAGUGGUAGGCAUGUUGUGUAAAUGAGAUGAUACAAACCCCAAAAAAAUCCAUUUUAAUUCCAGGUUGUAAGGCAACAAAAUAGGAAAAAUGCCAAGGGGGGUGAAUACUUUCGCAAGCCACUGUACCUGGUAAAAUAAGGGUAAAAUGAAAUAAAUAAAUAGAAACGAGGUCGUCAUUCAAAAAUAAUGUUAAAAACUGUUAUUGCACACAGAGUGAGUCCGUGCUCCUUAUUAUGUGACAUGAUAAGCAUAUUUUCUCUAGUGAAAUUAUUUAGGCUUGCCAUAACAAAGGUGUUGAAUUCUUAGACUUAAGACAUUUCAGCUUUUUUUUUUUUAUUUUUUUUUAACAUUCUGAAAAACAUAAUUUCACUUUGACAUUAUGGGGUGUUGUGUGUAUGCCAAUCACACACAAUCUAAAUGUAAUCCAUUUUAAAUUCAGGCUGUAGCACAACAAAAUGUGGAAAAAGUCAAAGGGUGUGAAUACUUUCUGAAGGUACUGUGUACGUCAUAUCAAUUAAUUUGGCUGAUAGAACAGAUCAGAAUGUUUAGCUUAAAAUGUAGAUAAACUAUUAUUUCUUCACAUUCUAAGUGCAGCAAUGUGCACGUGGCAGUAAGCAAUUUGCGGGAACACACUAAAAUGCGCACCGCACAUGCGACCGGUUUCAUGGACAGAGAUUUAAAUAUCCGUUGGAAAUUUACAAAGACAGAGAUCUAAAGAUGCAACAACUAUCAUGGGUUGCUAAUAUGACUAGGAUAAUGCCUUUGGCUGCUAGACAAUGAAAUAAAGUUUAUUUUAAAACCAUAGAACAGUCAGUAGCGCGCAUAUGAGGAAGUGUUUAUAAAAUAUUUCCCUCAACAUUUCUAUGGAAAGAUUUAGGCUUGGCAUGCUUCAUAAGUAAAACAUCCAGGUUUCAAACAAUUAAGGAAAAGGAAAAUAUAGAUACUGAUAGGCCUAACCAUCUUCUGGUAGAUGGAAAGGCUUUCCGAAAAGCCUCAAUUUAACCUCAAUUUAAUGUAACUAGCUACAAAGUAGCCUUCCUGGCAGAAUGAUAUCAUGAUUAUUUGCAUCAAUCCAGUGGCAAAAAAAAUGUCAUGUGCACUACAGAAACACUGGUAACAAAACAACAGUGCUAGGUGACUGCACAUUUGAUUUAAAGGGUAACUACACAAACAAAAUAUACAUUUCUUAGAUUUUUUCCAGACCUCAAAGUGGUCUCCUGAUGUGGUUUAGGCAUUGUUGUAGACAUAGAACAUCCAAACCUGUGAAUUUCUGACUCAGUUGACAACCUCAUUUAUCUUUUUAAAUUGUAGGCCUACUUGCACAGUACAGCUUGGGUCGGCCUGACUGUGAAAGACGAAUAUGGGAUUUAUCCUUUUACUGUUGGUCAUUCAGAGUACAUGUAACUUUUUCUCAUAGAAUUUCACACAGAAGGCAUCAUUCCUUCGCAUGGCGGGCCGUUUGGAAUUUUGUUGCCAACAUUUGAGUAUACCCACUUCUCCAUGCACCACUACUGUAUUAUCAAUGUUGCUGCUUUGUCUAUUUGUUGUACCUGGUCAAACACCUGUUGGGAAAAUAGUGUAUUUUGGUGCUGUGAUGACUAAAAGUGUGCCAUUGGGUUUUACUCUACUGCAUGGUGUGUGUUCAAACCUCUUUCAGUUCUUUCAGGUGUGUGACUUUGUUUCCCUCCAAUGAUCCCUUUCUUCAUAGACAAAUGUCUAAUGCGUUUGUGCCAUGUGUGCUUGUUUUUCUAGUCAAGUAAAAAAAAAAAAAAAUGUUAUUAGUGGGUAAAUACACAGAUCCCACAAUACAUUUAGUACAUUCAGUAUGUGUGUGUGUGUGUGUGUAUGUUUGUGUUUCUUUGGUUUUACUAUCCUUGUGUGGCGCAGAAGUCCUCACAAGGAUAGUAAAACAAGGACAUUUUGGACAAGUGGGAACAUUUUGCCGGUCCCCAGAAAAAAACAAAUGCUAUUUUCGGCUUAGGGGUUAGGUUUAGGGUUAGUGAUAGAAUAGGGUUAUGGUUAGAAUUAGGGUUAGGGGUUAUGCUUAGGGUUACUGUAGCUUGUGGCCAGAGCCACAAUGAAACACCUACAAUUGUAGUGCGGGGGUAUAGAAUCAUGCGAUUUCUUAGAAUUUCCUCAAAGCCAUCCCCUUUUCUCAGUACUGUGUUCUCAGCAUUAUGUUGUCUUUGUCAGCAGGAUUUUACCACUCCAACAUGUUUUGACUUGUUCUGUCUUUAAAAAGUUUUUCCUCAGUGACAUGGCUGCAGACUUGAGUAAGGUCAUGUCACCAUGGUAACACUCUUCUCUCCGAUGGCUUUACUUUUUGUAGAGCAAAGACCCCCUGGUGACAGUGACUCUGGACGACUUCAGCACCAUCUUUGCCAUAACCCCGACCGGGAUCAACCGCUACCUCAGACUGCUCAAACCCGUGGACAGAGAGAAGCAGAUGACCUACACCUUCAUGGUAGGCCUCGUUCCAACCUCAUCCACACAUAUUACCAAGUAACCUUUGGAACCGUUUGGAGAUGGAGUUAGCUCUUUUGAAUCUCGCAGUCAGAGGUCCCAGUGUACACCCGUGAUGGUGGUUAUAAUGGUCUGUGUGUGUGUGUGUGUGCGCGUGUCUGUUUGUACAUGGACUUGUUGAGGUGAUAAUGCACUGUACUAAUGAUAUGGAGAUAUUACAUUUGAAGGGUUUCAUCAGUAGUAUGUUUAUUAUGUCUCUGUUGAGAGGCUUUGAUCGUUGCCAUAUUGUCAUUCGAAAGAUCCGGACUUCUCAAUUCUUGAGCAUCAAGCAAUUGUGUUAUAUCAUCAUGAGCAGGCAAGGAUAAGAUAAUAAGUGGUCCAUUUAAAUUUAAAUCACACCUUUAAUGUUCUUUAUUAUUGCUUCAAGGGUUCUAUUUUGUUUGUUUGUCCUUUGUUCUUGGUUGUUCUCGCUUACUCUGUAUGUAUGUGUACGUGUCUAUGUAUGUGUGUGUGUGCAUUUGUGUGUGUGUUUGUGUCUGUUUGUGUGUUCAUGAGUGUGAGGGUGUGCCUUUCUAAGUGUCAAAAAUUAGAUGUAGUUUUGCGUCCCUCCUGAGGAAACGUCAGUAUCUGUACCUGAAUGAAGCAGGGGGACCGCUACACCACAUUAAUGUGUUUCACUCCAUGUGUUUUACUUCAACGUCCUCCCCAAGAAUCAACGGCCCUCAGAGGAAUCUUCCUCCUGUGUAGCCCUUUCUUGCUGUCAAAGACCAAAAGCGCCCCCUUAUGCGUCAUGGGUGGAAUAAUGUUAAUAUUUUUCAAAAUUUCAUAAUUAAUAAAGGUUAUUUCAAAAAAGCCAAUGAAAAUCUGGUGUUUCUAUGUCAAACAGCUUUGUUAUUUUUCAGUCUUCUGUGAUGUAUAUAAAGUGUAAUAUUAGGAUUCAAACUCAAAAUGUCAACUCUAUAUCUGAUAUGGUACAGGUGUCUUCUUUUUUUGAGCACAUAACCAUGUGUGUGAGGUGUAUACUUUUGUUUCAAAGUAGAUUUGUUUAAGACUACCAAUAAUUACACUGUGUGGCCCUGAUUUAGCCCACUGCAGUAAAGAGAGAUGCCACCGACGAUUCAGCACUUAACCUCCCACUUAUUUUGGCAGUUACCUGUACAUCUGAUGUCAUUAUCAGACGUGGGUUUAAAUAGUAUUGUUUUGUUUGAAGUACUUAAGUUGCACUUCAUUGAGUUUAACUGGUGCUAUCAGAGUAAAUAUUUUUUGUACUGCUCUCUCUGUCAUCUUGUGUAUAGAUGAUGGCAUCAGAUGGGAUACAGGAGAGCACGUGGGUGACCGUCAACAUCCUGGUGAUUGACGCCAAUGACAACACGCCCACCUUCGGUGAAGUCUCCGACACUGUCGAGGUGUUCACUGACAUGCAGCCAGGAGAAACAGUACUGCAGGUAAUUAGCACAUCUGUCUAUCUUCCUGCCCCCCUUUCUCUCUGUCUUUCGCUCCUCUUUCUCUCUUUCUGUCUCUCCCUCUCCCUUAUUUAUCUCUCACUUUCUCUCUCUGUCUUUUUGUGUCUCUCCCUCUCCCUUCCCUCUCUCUCUUCCUCUCUGUGUAUCUCUCACUAUCUCUCCCCCCUCUCUCUCUCUCUCUCUCUCGCGCACAGUUUCUGCAAACAGUCCGAGCCCCAGAACGAUCCACUCUUUCUUGGAUCAGAGCUGAUGACUCAAGAACAAUCUUGUUUCUUACAACAGUGGUCAGGACUAAAAUAUUAUUAGCUCAAUAUUGACAUGACUCGACGUAAUACACUGCCAUGGGUCAACAGUUAGGACUCCAAAUCAAUCUCCUAUCCUAUAACAACAAUGGUCACUGUAAAUUCCUGACUGAAAUAUCUCCAAGGAGAUUCUGGUUUGUCGUCAUCUCUACAAAAUGUCUGAAUGGAUUGCCAAGUUUAUUUACUUUGACUCAGAUUCUAGUUUGAUUGGUUUGAAGGUUUGGGGUUGGGUUUGGUGUUUGUUUAUGUGUGUGUGUGCGCACAUGCGUGUGUGUGCAUGCGCUUGUGUUUAGAGUCAAAUUGUUUACAGCAGGAAGUCCCCUCGUUGACAUAUCUGGUUUUAUGGAGUUCGUUCAGCAGCAGUGUGCGUUUGUCUCUCAUUUGGUAGGCAGAGCAUGAUUUCCCAUCUACAGUCUCGUAGCACAAAGUCACAAAAAAAAUGUCAGACACAUAAAAGGUCAAGUUUAAUCUGUUUAAAAUCAGCCGCCCAGCCCAGCUGAAAUGAGGCCAGCGGUCAUGUGGCGGCCGGUAAGACCGCUUAACCUGUUUUUAUAAGCCAUUUAUAUGAUUCUCCGGGCCUCUAAGGAUGAAGGUUUAUUCGAUGCUGAUAUUUCGUAUCUUAGACAUGACAGCUCUAUAUGAAAAAAGGGUUCAGUAGGCUAGCCUAGCAUGUAUUAACAUAGAAAAGCCUUGAAAAUAUGGAGCUAACGUUAAAAUAAAGCCUGGCUAAGGGUGCUGUGAGUUGUAAACGGUGGAGUGUCCAAAUUAAUUAGCUGGAAGGGAAGGGUGGCUGUUUAAUUUUAGAGAUAAGACAGCAUGGUUCUAAGAUCAAUGUCUUUGGUGUGUACAGAUUUAACAUAGAGUGGAUUCGGAAAGUAUUCAGACCCAUUCACUUUUUCAACAUUUUGUUACGUUACAGCCUAAUUCUAAAAUGGAUAAACAAAAAUAAACAUCUCAUCAAUCUACACACAGUAAUGACUAAGCGACAGCAGGUUUUUAGAAUUUUUGCACAUUUACAAAAAACAAACAAACAAAAAAAAACGUAUUUACAUACAGUUGAAGUCAGAAGUUUACAUACACUUAGGUUGGAGUCAUUAAAACUUGUUUUUCAACAACUCCACAAAUUUCUUUGUUAACAAACUAUAGUUUUGGCAAGUCGGUUAGGACAUCUACUUUGUGCAUAACACAAGUAAUUUUUCCACAAUUGUUUACAGACAUUUUAUUUCACUUUUAAUUCACUGUAUCACAAUUCCAGUGGGUCAGAAGUUUACAUACAGUAAGUUGACUGUGCCUUUAAACAGUUUGUGAAAUUCCAGAAAAGGAUGUCAUAAUGCUAAUUGGCAUCAUUUGAGUCAAUUGGAGGUGUACCUGUGGAUGUAUUUCAAGGCCUACCUUCAAACUCAGUGCCUCUUUGUUUGACAUCAUCGGAAAAUCAAAAGAAAUCAGCCAAGACCUCAGAAAAAACAUUGUAGACCUCCACAAGUCUGGUUCAUCAUUGGGAGCAAUUUCCAAAAUGCCUGAAGGUACCAUGUUCAUCUGUACAAACAAUAGUACACAAGUAUAAACACCAUGGGACCACACAGCCGUCAUACCGCUCAGGAAGGAGAUGCAUUCUGUCUCCUAGAGAUGAACAUACUUUGGUGCGAAAAGUGCAAAUCAAUCCCAGAACAACAGCAAAGGACCUUGUGAAGAUGCUAGAGGAAACAGGUACAAAAGUAUCUACAGUGAGGGAAAAAAGUAUUUGAUCCCCUGCUGAUUCUGUACGUUUGCCCACUGACAAAUAAAUACGUAUUUCCCUCAUUAAAAUGCAAAUCAAUUUGUAACAUUUUUGACAUGCGUUUUUCUGGAUUUUUGUUGUUAUUCUGUCUCUCACUCUUCAAAUAAACCUACCAUUAAAAUUAUAGACUGAUCAUUUCAUUGUCAGUGGGCAAACAAUCAAAAUCAGCAAGGGAUCAAAUACUUGUUUCCCUCACUGUAUAUCCACAGUAAAACGAGUCCUAUAUCGACAUAACCUGAAAGGCCUCUCAGCAAGGAAGAAGCCACUGCUCCAAAACCGCCAUAAAAAAGCCAGACUAUGGUUUGCAACUGCACAUGGGGACAAAGAUCAUACUUUUUGGAGAAAUGUCCUCUGGUCUGAUGAAACAAAAACAGAACUGUUUGGCCAUAAUGACCAUCAUUUUGUUUGGAGGAAAAAUGGGGUGGCUGCAAGCCGAAGAACACCAUCCCAACCGUGAAGCACGGCGGUGGCAGCAUCAUGCUGUGGGGGUGCUUUGCUGCAGGAUGGACUGGUGCACUUCACAAAAUAGAUGGCAUCAUGAGGAAGGAAAAUUAUGUGGAUAUAUUGAAGCAACAUCUCAAGACAUCAGUCAGGAAGUUGAAGCUUGGUUACAAAUGGGUCAUCCAAAUGGACAAUGACCCCAAGCAUAUUUCCAAAGUUGUGGCAAAAUGGCUUAAGGACAACAAAGUCAAGGUAAUGGAGUGGCAAUCACAAAGCCCUGACCUCAAUGCUAUAGAAAAUGUGUGGGCAGAACUGAAAAAGCGUGUGUGAGCAAGGAGGCCUACAAACCUGACUCAGCAACAUCAGCUCUGUCAGGAGGAAUGGGCCAAAAUUCACCCAACUUAUUGUGGGAAGCUUGUGGAAGGCUACCCGAAACGUUUGACCCAAGUUAAACAAUUUAAAGGCAAUGCUACCAAAUACUAAUUGAGUGUAUGUAAACUUCUGACCCACUGGGAAUGUGAUGAAAUAAAUAAAUCAUUCUCUCUACUAUUAUUCUGACAUUUCACAUUCUUAAAAUAAAGUGGUGAUCCUAACUGACCUAAAACAGGGAAUUUUUACUAGGAUUAAAUGUCAGGAAUUGUGAAAAACUGAGUUUAAAUGUAUUUGGCUAAGGUAUAUGUAAACUUCCGACUUCAACUGUAAGUACUUAGACCCUUUGCUAUGAGACUCGAAAUUAAGCUCAGGUGCAUCCUGUUUCCAUUGAUCAUCCUUGAGAUGUUUCUACAACUUGAUUGGAGUCCUCCUGUGGUAAAUUCAAUUAAUUUGACAUGAUUUGAUAAGGCACACACCUGUUUAUAUAAGGUCCCAGAGUUGACAGUGCAUGUCAGAGCUAAAACCAAUCCGUGAGGUUGAAGGAAUUGUCCGUAGAGCUCCGAGACAGGAUUGUGUGGAGGUACAGAUCUGGAAGGGUACCAAAAAAUACAGAUCUGAAAGGGUACCAAAAAAUUGCUGCAGCAUUGAAGGAUUCCAAGAACACAGUGGCCUCCAUCUUUCUUAAAUGGGAGAAGUUUGGAACCACCAAGACUCUUCCUAGAGCUGGCUGCCCUGCCAAACUGAGCAAUCGGGAGAAAAUCCUGUCUCGGAGCUAUACGGUCAAUUCCUUCGACCUCAUGGCUUGUUUUUUGCUCUGACAUGCACUGUGUCAACUGUGGGACCUUAUGUAGACUGGUGUGUCUUUCCAAAUCAUGUCCAAUCAAUUUAAUUUACCACAGGUGGACUCCAAUCAAGUUGUAGAAACAUCUCAAGGAUGAUUAAUGGAAAUAGGAUGUACCAGAGCUCAAUUUCGUGUCUCCAAGCAAAGGGUCUGAGUACUUAUGUAAAUAAGGUACUCAUGUUUUUUAUUUUAAAUAUAUUUGCAAAAAUGUCUAAAAACCUAAAAAUCAUAGAUUCAUAAAGGUCACUCAUUUUGCAUCAAUAUUUUAGGAGGGAGGAUAAGUUGUUUACUGUAGCAGUUGCAAAAGGUCAGUAGUUCUGUAAACAUUAUACACAGCUUACAAGAGCACCGUCUGGUAAAUGUCACUCAAAUCAUAUGCCUGCCCUUUACACAAAACACGGGUCAUGUGUUUAAAAGGUAUAAACAUUUUACUGAAAUAGAUUUCAGUGUUUCCUCCACCAUUACAAAGACAGGUGGGAACCUCCCACAAAUCACUAUUGCCCCCCUGCCUACAAACAUUUUCAACUUAGUUCAGUAAAUUGGAGGUUAAUUGAGUGGCGCAGCUGUCUAAGGCACUGCAUUGCAGUGCUAGAGGCGUUACUACAGACCCGGGUUCGAUCCCAGGCUGUAUCACAACCGUCCGUGAUCUGGAGUCCCAUAGGGCGGCGCACAAUUGGCCCAGCGUUGUGAGGGUUUGGACAGGUUAGGCCAUCAUUGUAAAUAAGAAUUUGUUCUUAAAUGACUUGCCUAGUCAAAUAAAAAAAAUUACGGCUUUGAAAGUUGAUUUUAGGGCCCUCCACACCCUGCCUAGAUGCGCUGAAACACUGAAUUCUUCCUCUCUCAAAGACUCUCUCUCUCUCUCUCUCAGCUAACAGCAUUGGAUGCUGAUGAGGGAUUAAACGGUCUGGUGACCUAUGAGAUCCUUGCCGGAGCACAAGGUGAUUUCAUCAUUAAUAACCGCACUGGACAAAUCACCAUCGCGCCUGGGAUAGCCCUUAGCGUGGGCCAUUAUGACCUCACAGUGAAGGCCGCCGACAACGCACCAGAGAUCCAGAGAAGGUACAGUAAUUUAAUCCAUUCAUCUUUUCUUCUAUUUGUUCUUUUAGCCUUUCAUUUGCUCAAUCACACCUUUCAUUUAUUAAUGUGUUUAUUAAAAGGACUGUAUCCCUUGGAUAUAUCCUCAUUAAUAUCCAUGCAUGAGUUAGGUGAUGUUUGAGGUAAAAUCUUGUUUUCCAAGUAAGGAUUCAGACCUAAGUUUCUGACUCAGUUUUUCAUUUUUCAUACUUGUUCAGUUAAAGUUGCAAUAUGUAACAUUUUGUGGGAUCCAACCAAAUGCACAUAGAAAUCUGAGUUAUAGAUCUGUCAUUCUCAUUGAAAGCAAGUCUAAGAUGCGGUAGAUAUGUUCUAUGUGCACUAUUUCUAUGCUUCAAACUCCUGAAAAUACAAUAUUUUUGGUUAUUUAAAAUAUAUUUCACAGUGGUUUAGAUUGUACAAUGAUUCUCUACACUAUGCAUUGCUUGUUUUGUCACAGAAACAGAAAUUAGGCGAACUAUUAGAAUUUUAGAAACCAGGAAAUGGCUGAGUGAUUUCUGCAUAUUGCACCUUUAAUCAUGUACUCAAGUAUUCCGUAAUUCAGUCUGGCUUUCAUACAUUUAUUUAGCCAUCUCAUUCAGUCAUUGUUCCAUUUGAUUGUUUAUUCAUACUGUACAGUUACUUGUAGGUCUAUUAAAUUCAAAUUAUUAUUAUUAUUAUUAUUUAUUUUUUGUGAUAAUGGCGCCGGAGGGGAUGGUUGCUGUUUUAUGGGCUCCUAACCAAUUGUGCUAUUUUGUGUGUUUUUUCGCUUUGUCUGUAACUUAUUUUGUACAUAAUGUUGCUGCUACCAUCUCUUAUGACUGAAAUGCGCUUCAGGAUAUCAGAACAGCGAUUACUCACCUCGAACUGGAUGAAGAAUUUUUCUUUAAUGAGUCUGACGCGAAGGAUAUACUGUUUCCCCCAGGACCAGGCCCAAAUCCCCGUCAUUCGCAUGAAGAAAAGAUGGAGAUACAGGGGGCACAGGUCCGGGUGACUUGUGAGAAUUUGCCAGCGAGUGGGUAAACCGCCUCUACCAUCUGUUCUAUUGGCCAACGUGCAAUCACAGGAGAAUAAACUGCAUGAGCUCCGUUCGAGACUAUCCUACGAACGGGACAUAAAAAACUGUAAUAUCUUAUGUUUCACGAGUCGUGGCUGAACGACGACACAGAUAAUAUACAGUUGACUGGGUUUUCCGUGCAUCGGCAGGACAGAACAGCUACGUACGGUAAGACGAGGGGUGGUGGUGUAUGUCUAUUUGUCAAUAACAGCUGGUGCGCGAUGUCUAAUAUUAAGAAAGUCUCGAGGUAUUGCUCGCCUGAGGUAGAGUACCUCAUGAUAAGCUGUAGACCACACUAUCUACCAAGAUAUUUUUCAUCUAUAUUUUUCGUAGCCGUCUAUUUACCACCACAAACCGAUGCUGGCACUAAGACCACACUCAAUGAACUGUAGAAGGCCAUAAGCAAACAAGAACAUGCUCAUCCAGAAGCGGCGCUCCUAGUGGCCGGGGACUUUAAUGCAGGCAAACUUAAAUCCAUUUCACCUCAUUUCUACCAGCAUGUCAAGUGCAACCAGAGGAAAAAAACUCUAGACCACCUUUACUCCACACACAGAGACACAUACAAAGUUCUCCCCCGCCCUCCAUUUGGAAAAUCUGACAAUAAUUCUUCCUGAUUCCUGCUUACAAGCAAAAACUAAAGCAGGAAGUACCAGUGACUCGCUCAAUAUGGAAGUGGUCAGAUGACGUGGAUGCUACGCUACAGGACUAUUUUGCUAGCACAGACUGGAAUAUGUUCCUGGAUUCAUCCAAUGGCAUUGAGGAUUAUACCACCUCAGUCUCUGGCUUCAUCAAUAAGUGCAUCGACGACAUCGUCCCCACAGUGAACGUACAUACAAUACAUAUCCCAACCAGAAGCCAUGGAUUAAAGGCAAUAGCUGCACCGAGCUAAAGGGUACAGCUGCCACUUUCAAGGAGCGGGACACUAAUCCGGACGCUUAUAAGAAAUCUCGCUAUGCCCUCAGAUGGACCAUCAAACAGGCAAAGAGUCAAUACAGGACUAAGAUUGAAUCCUACCACAACGGCUGUUUACCCACGACUGCAUGGCCAAGCUCAACUCCAACACCAUCAUUAAGUUUGCUGACAACACAACAGUGGUAGGCCUGAUCACCGACAACAAUGAGACAGGCUAUAGGGAGGAGGUCAGAGACCUGGUAGUGUGGUGCCAGGACAACAACCUCUCCCUCAACGUGAGCAAGACAAAGGAGCUGAUCGUGGACUACAGGAAAAGGAGGGCCGAACAGGCCCCAUUCACAUCUAUGGGGCUGUAGUGGAGCAGGUCGAGAGUUUCAAGUUCAUUGGUGUGAAAAAAAUACAAAUGUGAUAAAUUGGUGGAUAUAGCGUUUGCAACGAAACUCUUCACAUGCAGGCUGCCAAUUGACUUAUCCACCUAUCUUCUUCAAACCUCUUUAAGCAUGAUGUCCUUGUGGGAAGCCAGGAAACUCAUGACAACCUCCAACACCCUGACGAACCACCACUGUACUAUUACUGGAUGUGAAUGCAACUGUGCAAAGAAUGUUGUUGUAUUGUUUGUAUAUCGUUUGUAUAUUGUAUAUUGUAAAUAUUACCUUUCCUUCCCCUCUCACAUUGUCCUCCAACCCUACAGGAGUUCUAUCACCACGGUGUACAUCGAGGUGCUGCCCCCCAACAACCAGAGCCCCCCACGCUUCCCCCUUUUCACCUACGACCUAGAGGUCAGCGAGGCCAUGAGGAUAGGAGCCAUUCUGCUCAACCUACAGGUGAGAGACACACAACAGGGGUCGAUGGAGGUCAGGAGAGGGCAGUUUGAUUACUCAAGAAAAGGUCAUGGAAGUGUUUGGGUGUUGAGUUUAGCAAACAACAAUUACUAAACCAGCCAGUAUGGAUGAUCAGAUUUGAUAUAAUAGAUUUUAAGCAUUGAUGUGUUCAAAUCAGAUGUCAGGCAGUGUAAGUAAACUAUUGAUAGAUUUUUAUUGUUUGUUCUUGUUGUUUUUCAUAGGCCACAGACAGAGAGAAUGACCCAAUCACGUACCAGAUUUUGAGUGGGGAUAUUCAGCAAGUCUUCAACCUCUCUAAAACGUAAGAUGGAUGGAUGGAUGGAUGAUAAUGAGAAAUAUGAAAAUGGUUAGUACGAGUACUGAAAAUGUGCACAUUUUUUAAAGAAACUAUUCACAAAAUGAGGCCGAAUUAUCCUAACAAGAGUCUUUUGUCUAGAAGGAACAUUUUAAUGGCCUGUACAAUUAAUUUAACUUCUUACGUUUGGACAUGGGCAAUAUUCAGGACAUUCACAUCGCUCCUCGAGGCUGACAGUGUUCUGUAGAUACCUUUUUGGAUUUGACUUGAAUUAUGACUUUUGAAUAGCUGCUUUACGUAAAAUGGAUGCAGAUCAGCUUUAAAACUUUACAGUGAAACUUGUGGUUACAAAAAUAUGUUAAGACAACAUCUGAGUGAAUAAAGAGUGAUGGCAGGAUUAAAUAUAUUGAGAACAGAACAAAACCACCCAGGUGAACUGUAUAUAUACCAUCCAUGUUUAGAAAACAUAGCUUUAUGAGCUAAUGGAAGUCCUCUACAUCAUCCUCCCCUAUGGCCUGGAAAGCACAGACCGCCCUCUGCCCUCAGCCCCACUGAGUUGUUACAUGGCCCACUGCAUGACAAAGAAAAGAAGGAGGGGAUGAGGAGGUGGAGAAGGGGGAUAGGCUUCAAACAACCAGAAAGAUUAUGAAAAUCGUCAUCAGCCACCCUCUGCCAAUACAACCUGUCAGAGCAAGGGAUGGGAGAGGAGGCAGAGGGGGUAGAGUGAGAGAGGGAUGGAGGGGGGAGGAGAGGAGAAACACCAUGAAAUGUUUACUCGGUGAGUGCUGUUUACUGUCCCUUAAAUAAACAAGAAAAUACGGAGAGAGGCAUCCUGUGCGAUGGCACCGCGGCAAGGAGAUGUGGGGAGACUGUAAACAAGGCACAAUGUCAGCCAUAUUUUUCUCGAAUUGAUUAAAGCUUCCUUGCUGCUCUACCAGCUGUGCCAGGAGGGCUUUUUAGGCAUUGUUUCCACCUCUUUAGUUUUUGUUUGUUUAAUCUUAUUCUGUCUCCAUGCUGGAACGGUUGUUUGUAUGGAGGCACUGUGGUGGCAGCAAUAAGAAAAGAUGAUGACACUAUCUCCACAACUCUGAGACAUCUGUUGUUGGUACAGUAAUCUCUCCUCGAGCAGAUAUGAUUGACAUAUUCCUAAAACAAGCACAUAUCCUAAUGUGUCUUUUGAAGAGCUAGAAUCGUUGUACAUAACAUUAGCAGCCCUAAGCAGCUUUAAUGUAAAAGUACCCUACUGUAUUCCCCUAACCAGGUGCUGAGAGCGUGUGAUGAAUCAAAGGAUAAUUAACUGGUAAUGUAUGCUUGAUGAGUGUGCGAGAUAUGGCGUCAGUUCAGUUCACUGCUAUCGCUCUCUGUCUCUCUGUCUCGCUCCACUUCACAGCGCUGCCUGUAAACAGUAAACUGCAACAGAUCUCUGUAAAUUAAGGAUUCUGCCUCAUUAUGAAAGAAACGAGUCACCAAGGACUCUUAUAAUUUUAAAGAGGAUUUAUCUUUUGUGUUCCUUUCUGUAAAGCCAAAACAGGUUAGGUGUUGGUCAGUGGCGGCUCCUGAAAAAAUUAUCAGGAGGGGCAAUUUUUCUGAUGAUUUAGGUGACCUAUACACAUUUUAAAAAAGAUAUGUCCAGCAACAACAUGAAGACAGGGGCAGCAUAUAAGUCAAUACCAGAAGCAUUUAUUGACUGAUCUAGGGAGAUGGAUUCCAGUUUCUGUGACAGAUUAUAAAUAAUCUCUGAUGCCUUUGUUAUAUUAGCUUUUGGUUGAAUGUACUGUCGUAGUAAAUAUAUAAUGUUAUAGCUUGGUCUGACUAAAAUCUUGUGCAUGACCCAUUUUGUGUUGGGCGUUUGUUUUCAAUCAAUGCUGUUCCUAUCCUAUAACAAUGGACAAAAGAGUCCUAUCUUGUCAGCCUUGUCAGCAGGUGGCCAUGGACAACACCCACGCCAUAGGUCUCUCAGUUCUUCCAACUCACGAGUUCUUGCUCUGAGGACACACACACACACACACACACACACACAUCAUCACUGAUAACACACACACACACACACAUCAUCAUCACUGUUAAACACACACACACACACACACACACAAAAAUCCCCUCUCUUUAGGCUGAACAUUUGAAGACAGAGAACCCGACUCAGAGCCAAUGCAACAGUGGAGGGGACCUCGCCCAACUCAUCAGGACCAAUCAGAAGAUCAGAACUACUAGAUUCAACCUACAUCAUUUAUUGUAUAAAAUGUCUGCACACAAUGUUUUCGGGGCUCUCUUCUCCCUAAGAGUUUGACGAACGAGUCCGUGCACGCGAUUCCAGAUAUCUUUACCUCUGAAUAAACUGCCUUUAUUAUACCAUAUCCACCCUGUCCAAAGUCUCUACUUGGUCUCAGUUCUCCAGUAAACUUGUGAUUAUCAACAGUACACAACGGUAACAAACAAUUGGGGGAACUCACGGGGCAGAUAGUAAGGUCGCAAUGACACAGAAAGCAGUUCAAUGUCGGGGUACAGAGUCGCUCUCUUACCAGGAUCGCGGUCCGCUCUGACCAGGGUGAAGCCGGCCGGCUCCACUUCUCUGUCCGGGACUCUGUCAUCCAGCCAAGUCUCCCAGCUGUAUUGGGAUUCCGCUGCCAGCAGCGUUUUCAUUAUUUAGUCCGUUCGUAGCGGGUAUGUACACGAUCAACAAGAUCAGUCCAAAACCAACCACUGGAAAUCCAUGGUUGGCAGAAUGUUUGUAAACUAAGUCUACAAAUUAAAAACAUAAAAUAACGCCACACUGCAGGUCGCAACAGAGACGCUGCUAGCCGCUAUUGUCUUAGUUACGUUCAUGGUUACGUCACGUAUGACGAAAGCGCGUAAGUGCAAGCCCACAGACACCCAUAGAGAAUGUAUUGAAAGCUUUGAAAUUUGAAAAAAAAAUAGAUUUUACAUGACAGGCUAUGAGAGACUUCUGGGCGAUUUUCAACUUGACUGAAAUCGCCCCAAAAACGGGCGGGGCCAUUUGAAGCACGACUUUAGCCUGAUUUGACAUUUAGUGGCUGGCAGAUCAGACGUGAACACUGAUAACUACUGUUGCCGUGAUAUAAUUGAUUAGAAAAAAAAUCCCUUCCUUUUCCCGUUUGGCAGUGCGUCGCCCAUAUCGCCCUAUUGAACAGGCCGUCCCUGGUGUUGGUCUUGAACGCUAUUGUAUUCUGUACCUUUGGUAUUCCCUUGAUAAGUCAUAUCUAGGUAUUACAGGGACUUGUGUGUGUUUCUCAGUAUAGAGUCUAGACUGUAAAGAGACGGUUUUCAAUUUAUAACCCACACCCAUGCCUUUACUCAUGUUCACUGCCCCUCGCUGAUGUGAAAGUAUUAGAUAAUUCCCUGCAAUAUGAUGGAAAGUUUAGCUCACUAGAGGGACUUGUGGACUUAUACUAAAAUGCAGCUUAUCCAGUCAUUGCAGAAUCACUGGGUAGGGAACCAACGAGGACAGUGACAGGAAAGUGAGUUAUCAGAUUAGAAUCCCCAGAUUCUGUCUAAAUGGAGAUUAAGUCCUUGAUGGAUGUAGUACAGUAUGGAUUUUGCUGUGUACUAAUGCUGCUGUGUGGUGUGUUGUUGUCUCUCCCUCUACAGGAUAGGCCUGCUGCUUCUGGGAAAGCCCCUGGACAGGGAGACCACUGACCAGUACCGUCUCAUUGUCACUGCCUCUGAUGGCAACCCAGGAGGG